CAGUUUGGAGCGCGCCAGAGUCGCGAGACCUCACUUUUCUAAUUUACGACCACCUCCAGCGCUUGGGUUCCGUGACGGUGUGAGCUGCUCUCUGAUUGGUCCAUCCGACGCUCAGCGGCACCUCAAAGGCCCGGAGAAGUCACAACUACCGAAGCUGUCGGAGAGGAAGCGCAGACUCAUCCGGUUCAUUCACCGCCGGCGCACACGGACACACACGGACACACACGCACAAAGAUAUCACAGCACAGAGCAUGGCUGCUACACUGCUGGGGGAGGAGCCCCGGAUGGGCAGCACGCCGCUGGCAAUGUUGGCCGCCACCUGCAGCAGAAUCGGCGAGUCCAGCCCCUCGUGCUCCUCCGCUCUGUCCGACGGUGUUCCGGGAUACGUGAAGGGGUUUUACCCGUGGAAACGAGGCGCCGCGGGAUCCGGCAGCCCCGGCGCUUGCUUCGCCCCUCUCGGGGUCCCCCCCAGGAGUACCGGCACGGGCUUUACAGACACCUCGAGCGCUUUCUCAGUGACCACCGCCAACUCGCCUUUUGCAAAUGACAUUUCCAUGUACCAGACCUCCGUGCCGUCAGAAACCAGUGGUCCCGAUCCUACGCACACGCAGCGCUCUGUGUUCCUCACCAAAUUCCCCUCCUCGGUGGAAAGCAUAGCUGGGAUUUAUCCGAGGAUGCACGCGCAUCCCUACGACUCAUGGUUCAAGCCGGUGGGGGAUGUCGGCAACGGCUCUGCCGCUUGGUGGGACAUGGGGACCAACUGGGUGGACACGCAGAGCCCGUCCGGGUUAGCCUCCCCUCUGAGCGGCUACAGCUCUGACUACAGCUCGGCCUUCAGCCCCGGGGCCUCUCAGCACCUGCACCCCGCCACCCAGCACCUGUUUGAUGGCUUCAGGCCACCCGUCCAUGCCUCUUACACAGAGUCUGCAACGGCGGGGGCCCCCGCUCUGACGGGACCCCCCGCGGUUUCUCUGCCCGCAUCGUCCCGCUCCUCCUCGCGGCGCUACUCUGGCAGAGCCACUUGCGACUGUCCGAACUGCCAGGAGGCGGAGAGCCUCGGCCAGGGGGCCACAAGUCCGCGGCGCAGGGGCCUGCACAGCUGCCACAUCCCGGGUUGCGGUAAGGUUUACGGCAAGACGUCUCACCUGAAGGCCCACCUGCGCUGGCACACCGGGGAGAGGCCGUUCGUCUGCAAUUGGCUCUUCUGCGGGAAGCGCUUCACGCGCUCCGACGAGCUCCAGCGGCAUUUACGCACGCACACCGGGGAGAAGCGGUUCGAGUGCUCGAUUUGCCACAAACGGUUCAUGCGCUCCGACCACCUCAACAAGCACGCGAGGACCCACAGUGCGGACGGUUCGGAGGACGGCGCGGAACCGGGUCUCGGGAAAGGCAGCAGCGACACGGACAAUAGCCUCGCCGGGAGCCCGAGCCACUCUCCCGGGGUCGAGGUGCGUCAGACUCUCCAAACCGGCGAGCCACAACAGAGGCCGGUGAAAUAAAGUACAAAGCAACACGUGGGCAUUCGAUAAACCUGUAUGAGCCGGUGUGUGUGUGUGUGUGUGUUUUUUUUUUUUGGACAGUCAAAAAUUGAAAUGGCACUUUAUGGUGAACUUAAACUGUGGAUGAACGCUGUGUUCUUACCUCAUCUUAUUUGUAGCCUUCUUGAAAAAUAAAUUUGUACUCUACAGGUUAUCAGACUUGUGUUAUUAAAAUACAGGUUUAGGAAAAGAAGCGUGAGGCCUGUAUUUGGGUAUUUCUUAAUCUUUUGUUAAUUCUCAGGUUGUGCUAUAUAUCGUUACAGGAUAUUUUAGUGAUGCUUGGUUAAGAGACUAAAUUGUUGAAGUCAUGAAUAACUAAAUAAAAAACAGGAAGAUUUUGCA